GCGCCUCCAUCACCAUCCACGUGUUCCCCUCAAAGCCAGAAGGCGUCUUCGCACCGGAAGGCGGAACGAUCAUCUUCCGAUCAGACUCCAACGGAGAGGAUUUGGAAGGCUUUGCGGGAGCCGGUCUCUACGAUUCCGUGACGGUGCAGAGCUGCGAACACCGCACCAUAAACUACGCUGCCGAACCCCUCUUCUUCGAUGCGGGCUUCAG